AUGUUGUCACCUUUUGCGAUGUUAAAUGUUGCAAGCAGAAACAUUUCUACUUCAACCCCUGCAAGUCAGAUAAUUAAAUUGAGUCGAUUGAGAGUAGUGGAUAAUAGUGAGAUAGGAAAGAAAGCUAUGAUGGAGGGUAGACCACCACGUUGCAUACACGUUUACAACAAGAUUGGGGUGGGAUACAUCGGUGAUAGAAUUUUAGUUGCUAUAAGGGGCGAAAAGAAAAAGGGUAUUCUGGUUGGAUUGAAACAGCAACAGGCUCCUAAAGUUCCCAAGUUUGAUACCAACAAUCUGGUACUCAUAGAUGACAAUGGCACACCUCUAGGUACAAGAAUACAGGUGCCCAUUCCACACAUACUCCGAACGAAAAUGAAAGAAAAAACUCACAGCAAAGGAGCAGAUUAUACUAAACUAAUAGCGAUAGCAUCAAGAUUUGUGUAGUGUAUCUGUCUUGUUUACUAUUGUAACAUAUAUCAAAUAUUUCAAGAAAAUAUUA